AUGUCUGCAACAACCGAAAAUGUGUUAAUCAACUUGCCAUCGGAAGAGGAUUUCAAACAACAAGUCGUGAAUGGAUUGUUGGCUAAAAACUCGGGAAAUGCUGUAGUUGUGCACUUUUGGGCUGAAUGGUGUGCUCCCUGCUUUGAGAUGGAUAAGUUUUGUGUUCAACUCGCACAAAAGUAUGCCAAUGUAAAGUUCUUUAAGGUCGAGGCAGAGAAAUUACCAAAUCUUACCGAACAAUUCAAUGUUCACUCGGUACCAGCGUUUGUCUUCUUCCCUGCAUCUAACCAAAAUCCAUCUAAAUUGUCCUUCACUGUUUUGGAAGGAGCAAAUCCACCAGAGCUUGCAAAACGAACAAAAGCACUCUCAGAAAACGUAUCCAUCUCCUCGUCACAAACACAACAAGAACCUGCUGGAGGUGCCACUGAUUUGAAUAGUCGAAUUAGGAAUUUGAUUAAUAGAGCACAAGUCAUGCUAUUUAUGAAAGGAUCACCCGAGACACCAAAAUGCGGAUUCAGCUCUAAAAUUGUGGAAAUUUUGCGUAGUGCCAAUAUUCAAUUUUCUGCGUUCGAUAUCUUGUCAGAUGAAGCUGUGAGACAAGGAUUAAAGACUUAUUCAAACUGGCCAACCUAUCCUCAAUUAUAUGUGAAAGGCGAACUGGUUGGUGGAUUGGAUGUUGUAAAAGAGAUGGCCGCAGAAGGAGACCUCAAAGAACAACUCGGUAUCUCAUCAGAAGAAGCAAAAGAUGAAUUGAACGAGAGAUUGAAGAAACUUAUCAACCAAGCGCCAGUCAUGUUGUUCAUGAAGGGCUCGCCAGAGGUACCAAAAUGUGGAUUCAGUUCCAAGAUUGUAGAUAUCCUCAAACAGCACGGUGUUAAAUUUUCAUCGUUUGACAUUUUGACAGAUGAAGCUGUAAGACAAGGAUUGAAGACGUAUUCCAAUUGGCCAACAUACCCUCAACUUUAUUCAAAGGGUCAAUUAAUUGGAGGAUUGGAUGUUGUGAAAGAACUUGCAGAACAAGGUGAAUUAUUGGAAAAUCUUGAAUAA